CGCUCUCAGCAACUCACAAAUGGCUGUAGGUUUGUAGCCUUUUUUGUAGUUAGUCUUUAAUUGCCCCCGGAGAAGGCAAUGGCACCCCACUCCAGUACUCUUGCCUGGAAAAUCCCAUGGACGGAGGAGCCUGGUAGGCUGCAGUCCAUGGGGUCGCUAAGAGUCGGACACGACUGAGCGACUUCACUUUCACUUUAAUUGCCCCAACUGUGCAUGCAUUAUUUUUAGUCUCUACCUUUGUCCAGGUGCAAGCACCCGGGGAAAGGGUUCCAUCCUAUCUCAAAGUGAGAAUAGGGAUGACGUCUGUAGCAGAUAAACAGCAUCAGAAACAGAAACGUUCAAGGAGCUUCCCAGGUGGCGCAGGGGUAAAGAAUCUGUCUGUGAUACCCAGCCCAGCUUUUUUUGCAACUGGCUUGAAAGUGUGUUUUUACUGUUUUGUACCAAUUUAGAUAAAAGAGAGGGCAUAUAUUGCAUGUGAUUAGGACUUCCCGGGUGCCACUAGUGGUGAAGAACCCGCCUGCCUAUGCAGGAGCUAUAACAGAAGCAGGUCGGGAAGAUCCCAUGAAGGAGGAAAUGGCAACCCACUCCAGUAUUCUUGCCUGGAGAAUCCCAUGGACAAGGGGAGCCUGGCGGGCUACAGUCCAUAGGGUCGCACAGAGUCAGACACAACUGAAGCGAGUUAGCAGCUGCAGCAAGCUAUCACUUAAUAAAAUUACUAGAUUAAAUAUCAAAUUGCCCGGACAAGCACACCCCUUGAUGGUGCUGGGUGCAGAGCUCAUGUGAGGUACCCUGCUUUUGCUCCUGGCAGCUCACAAGUGGCAGUUGGGUUUUUGAAUCUUGUUCAUAGUUUGUGCCAGCUGUGCAUGGGUCUAGUUAUUUCUGGUCCCUCGUUUCUUUGUGUUCUGCCGGGUACAGAGGAGAGGAGACAUAAGGGUCUCAGCCUGUCCCACCAUCAACUGGAUGGAGGGAGGGGGAUGUACAAUUAUGGCUGAUUGCUUUGUUGUGUGGCAGAAACCAACACAACAUCGUAAAAAUUAAAAAAGAAAAAUAAAAGUAGUAUUUUGGUGUUCUGGUUCUCUUCCAGGCGUUUGUAUUUCCUUUGUGGUGGGGAGAGGAGGUGCGGGCCCAUGUUUUGCACACUCUCUGCCUCCUCCUCUUCUCCCUGUUUCUGAUUUCUUUCUCUGCGUUCCAUGUGCCCUCUGGGUGCAGUAUUCACGUGUGCGCUCUUUCUGAGGGUGUGUUGGUGGCUGGUUGGAAGUCCUCCAGUCCUACAAGGAUUUCUGCUCUGCACAGUUCCCCGACACAGGGAAAGCUGGGAAGAAUGUGCUCAAAGGGAAACCUGGGAAGAAGCAGCUCUUCACCUGAAAAAUGUUCGCUUUGCCUCGGUUGUGAAUUCUUUCAUUGAGAAAGAGAAUUACCAUUAUGUCACUAUUUUAAUGAAAGGAGAGGUAGACCUGACUCAUGAUUCAGAACCAAAGAAUGUAGAGCCUGAAAAGAAUGAAAUGUUCUACACCUUGUUCCUGGGGCUACCCCGCUGGCUCAGAGGUUGGGAGUGGGUUCCUUGGGAAGAAUUUCCUCCCCUGGACCAGCUUUUCUGGGCACUACGUUGUUUAAAGGAACAAGGCUAUGAUCCUUUUAAAGAAGAUUUGGAUCAUCUGGUAGGAUAUAAAGGAAGUCACCUAGAGGUGAACAAGGAGAUUCACUGAGUUGUUUUUUUUUUUAAUGGAUUGGCCAAAAAGUUCACUUAGGUUUUUGUAGGCUGACUACAGUCAUGCUGAGUUGUCUCUAACUUCAUUUGAAACCAUUUUGUAAGAUUGUACUGUGACACCUGUCACAGCAAUGUGCAUUUUUUAAAAGAAACUUAUCAAAAUUGGUGAAUUUGGGGGUAGCCAUUUUAAUAUUGAAAAUGGAAGAAAAAAAGCAACAAUUUCGGCAUAUUAUGCUUGAUUAUUUCAAGAAAGGUAAAAAUGCAACAGAUACAAAAAAAAAGAUUUGUGCAGAGUAUGGAGAAGGUGCUGUGACUGAACGGACAUGUCAAAAAUGGUUUGCAAAGUUUCGUGCUGGAGAUUUCUCUCUGUAUGAUGCUCCACGGUCAGGUAGACCAGUUGAAGUGGAUAGCAAUCAAAUUGAGACAUUAAUUGAGAGCAAUCAACAUUAUACCACACGAGAGAUAGCCGACAUACUCAAAAUAUCCAAAUCGAGUGUUGAAAACCAUUUGCACCAGCUUGGUUAUGUUAAUCGCUUUGAUGUUUGGGUUCCACUUAAGUUAAGCCAGAAAAACCUUCUUGAUCGUAUUUCCACAUGUGAUUCUCUACUGAAACGUAACAAAAGUGUUCCAUUUUUAAAGCAAAUUGUGACAGGCAAUGAGAAAUGGAUACUGUUCAAUAAUGUGGAACGGAAGAGAUCAUGGGACAAGCGAAAUGAACCACCGCCAGCCACGCCAAAGGACGGUCUUCAUCCAAAGAGGGUGAUGUUGUGUAUAUGGUGGGAUUGGAUGGGAGUCCUCUAUUACGAGCUCCUUCCAGAAAACCAGUCAAUCAAUUCCAAGAAGUACUGCUCCCAGUUAGACCAGCUGAAAGCAGCCCUCAGUGAGAAGCGUCCAGAGUCAGUCGACAGAAAAUGCAUAAUCUUCCAUCAGGAUAACGCAAGGCCACACGUUUCUGUGAUGACCAGACAAAAAUUGUUACAGCUUGGCUGGGAAGUUCUGAUUCCUCCACCAUAUUCCCCAGACAUUGCACCUUCAGAUUUUCAUUUAUUUCGGUCUUUACAAAAUUCUCUCAAUGGAAAAAAUUUCAGUUCCCUGGAAGACUGCAAAAGGCACCUGGAACAGUUCUUUGCUCAAAAAGAUAAAAAGUUUUGGGAAGAUGGAAUUAUGAAGUUGCCUGAAAAAUGGCAGAAGGUUGUGGAACAAAAUGGUGAAUACGUUGUUCAGUUCAGUUCUUGGUAAAAGUGAAAAAUGUGUUUUUUAUUUUUGCUUAAAAACCAAGAGAACUUUUAGGUCAACCCAAUACAUAAAAGGCAAAAUAAGGUCCUGUUAAAGAGUGAAAAAUAUCUAAUUUCAAAACAACUCCAUUUUACCCGAGAAGUCCCACAUGAUGGCCAGUUUAUUUGUAGUCUCUUAAUAUACCCAAUACCUUCUCAUUCAGUACUUGUGAAAAAUUUUCAGAUUGUGUCAUGAAUUGUGUUUCAGACAUGUGAUCAAAAUGUGAUAAUUACUGAUGUUAUAAA